AUGUCGGAGCAAAAACCACUUGACGUUGCAGCAACAUUAAACUACAGCCGAUCUGUGAACAAUCAUUCGAACGAACGUUGGUACAUUGACACUAUUACCUGUCCAAAUGGAACGAAACAGUCGAAUUUUGAAAAUCAUACGGUCACAGUACCGGUAACCGAUUUAAGAGCACGUGAAAAUCUAGCAAAUUUGGAUACUACAGGAUUCCAAACUCUUGUCGCACCCACUUCAUUCAAUACUGAAUGCUUUCUUUCCGAUGACAACGAAGAGGUCAUUGCAUCGUAUUACGAAGAAGUGGAAAGUCUUUUACGGGACCUAACUGGUGCUGAUGAAAUAGUUAUAUUCGAUCACACAUUUCGCAAACAUAAUCCAGCGUGUAUCGAAACGCCAUUGCAAAGAGAACCGGUAUUAAGAGUUCAUGUUGACCAAACACCUGUCAGCUCGCAUGAUCGAAUUCGUUACCAUGUUAACGACGAAUUCAGAAACUUUAAAAGAUUUCAAAUAAUAAACGUUUGGCGACCGAUUAAAGACAUCGUCUACGAUUAUCCUCUCGCUAUGGCCGAUUUUCGAACUGUAAAUGUAGCUGAGGAUCUUGUUGCUACCGAAGUUAGAUAUCCUCCUUGGCUCAAAGACCGGGAAACGUUUGCGGUGAAGUACAACCCAAUGCAUAAGUGGUACUAUUGGUCUCAUAUGCAGCCCGACGAAGUAAUUCUGUUCAAGUGUUACGACAGCUUCAGCUCAAAGUUGGCUAGAGCUAGGAAAAAUUAUAUGACAGUGAAGGAGAACUGUUUACAGGACGUUGCUGGAUUCGCACUACACACGGCAUUUUUAAACGAAAGUGAGGCUGACUUAAAUAUUAAGCGACAAUCCAUUGAAGUUCGCGCUAUUGUUCUGCACAUGUAA